AGAUUUUUGUGAAGCAAGCUCUUUUCCAUCGUUCACUAUUUAAAAUAAACUGAUUUAGUCAGUCCGAUAUUUCCUUAGGCUAAUCCUUAGAUCUAGUUGAUUAGGAUGUUUAAAAAAUUUGACGAAAAGGAGAGCAUCUCCGGUGUUCAGCAGCUGAAAUCGUCGGUCCAGAAGGGCAUCCGGAACAAGCUUAUCGAGCAAUAUCCGCACGUCGAAGGCCACAUCGACCUUGUGCUGCCCAAGAAGGACCAGUUUCGCAUUGUGAAAUGCCAUGACCACAUUGAAAUCCUGGUGAACAGCGUCGGCGAGCAGUUGUUUUUCCGGCACCGGGAGGGUUCCUGGAUGCCCACGUUGCGACUGUACCACAAGUAUCCACUCUUCCUGCCGAUGGAGCAGGUGGACAAGGGUGCCAUUCGGUUUGUGCUGAGCGGAGCCAACAUCAUGUGCCCUGGGUUGACCUCGCCCGGUGCCUGCAUGACCAAGGUCGACAAGGGUACGGUGGUGGCCAUUAUGGCCGAGGGGAAGAACCAUGCACUGGCUAUCGGUCAGACGACGCUGUCCACGGAUGAUAUAGCUAAGGUCAACAAGGGGGUUGGCGUGGAGAACUGCCACUAUCUAAAUGACGGUCUCUGGCAGAUGAAACCGGUCAAGUAAAUGCCCACACUAGUCCACUCAGGGAGCUGUGUUCUCUUACUAAGCAAAAGAAAA